AUGGCCGGCUCAGCGAAGAAGGCGACCAAGAAGUUCGAGAAGAAACAUCUUAAAGAUACUCUCGAGCGGCGCAAGGACUCGGCCAAGAUCAAACAGCGCCACCGCCUGAACGACAAGCGCAAGGCCCAGAGUGCCAGCCGCCGCGAUGCCGAAGAUGACGAGGAAGCGAACCCUGAGGAGGUCAAGAAGCAGAAUGCCUUUGCAGAGAUGAACGUUGAUGACUUCUUUGCUGGUGGCUUUGACAUUGCUGAUGCGACCGACGGCAAAAAGAAGGCCAGCAAGAAGGAUGUGACUCCCACAACUGGCAAGCGCAAGCGCUCUGCGAAUCAGGCGCAGGAGAAUGAAGCGGGCGAAGAUGGUGCCGCUAGCGACAACGACGAUGACAGUGCAAGCGACGCCAAUGCAUUCGGUGAGCACAAGGAUCAGCUUGAGGCUUUGAAGGAGAAGGACCCCGAGUUCUACAAAUACCUGAAGGAGAACGAUGCGGAGCUGCUCGAUUUCGGCGACCAAGGCGAUCUUUCGGAGGUGGACGAGUUGAGCGAAGGCGAGGCGCCCGAGGAAGAAGGCCCGGCCAAGAAGAAAAAGAAGAAGGCUAAGAAGGAGGAAGAGGAAGAGAAGGAGCAAGAGCAGGAGGUUAUCGACAAUACCCUGACCAUAGAGAUGGUCAAGAAGUGGCAAAGCUUGAUGGAAGAGCAGCAUUCGAUCCGGGCUAUGCGUCAGACUGUUCUGGCGUUCCGCGCCGCAGCCUCUGUCAAUGAUGCCGAGGCACCGGAGCAGAAGUACACCAUUUCGGACUCCAAUGUUUACCACCAGGUUCUUGUCACAGCGCUGAAUGUCGUACCCAAGGUUCUGGGACAUCACCUUCCUGUCAAGGAGACUGCCUCAGGCAAGAUUAGGGUCUCCCUGGACUCGAAGAAGUUCAAGACUCUGACUCCCCUGAUCAAGUCUUACACUUCUUCCAUCCACCAUCUUCUGGUCAACCUGUCCGAUGCAUCAACUCUGAAGCUGACCAUUUCGGCAAUGGAACCCAUGCUCCCCUAUCUGCUUCAAUUCCGCAAGGUCCUGAAGACCCUCAUCAAGACCGUCGUCGGGAUCUGGGCUGAUGUCUCUACCGUCGAUGCCACUCGGAUCACUGCAUUCCUCUUGCUCCGCCGCCUCAUGGUCCUGGGUGACCCCGGCAUUAGAGAGACUGUGCUCAAAGCCACAUACGAGGGCGUGGUCAAGGGCAGCCGUAAUACCACCGUGCACACUCUGGCAGGUGUGAACCUGAUGAAGAACUCGGCCGCCGAGAUCUGGGGCAUCGACCAGAACGUCUCGUAUACGACGGGCUUCAGCUUCAUCCGGCAAUUGGCCAUGCAUCUGCGCAGCAGCAUCACCAACACCUCCAAGGAGUCAUACAAGACCAUUUACAACUGGCAAUACGCGCACUCGCUCGAUUUCUGGUCGCGUGUGCUCUCCCAACACUGCGAUGGCCUGGUUGAGGCCCAGACUGGCAAGCAGUCUGCCCUGCGCCCUCUCAUCUACCCCGUCGUUCAGAUCACCCUCGGUGCUAUGCGCCUCAUUCCCACGGCGCAGUACUUCCCGCUCCGCUUCCAGUUGACCCGCGCUCUGUUGCGUAUCUCUCGCGCCACUGGCACCUACAUCCCCCUUGCAUCCUCGCUCAUUGAGGUUCUUACCUCGGCGGAGAUGCGCAAGCCCCCCAAGUCCAGCACCCUCAAGCCCCUCGACUUCCACACUGCCAUCCGCGCGCCCAAAUCCUACUUACGCUCGCGUGUUUACCAGGACGGUGUCGGCGAGCAGGUCGCUGAGCUCCUGUCGGAGUUCUUUGUCCUGUGGUGUAAGCACAUUGCUUUCCCCGAGCUAUCUGUUCCCGUCGUUGUUGCCCUCAAGCGCUGGUUGAAGCAGGUUUCCGCUCGGAACGGUGGCAAUAAGAACGCCAAGAUCAACCAGAUGAUCCUGCUUCUUGUGCAGAAGGUCGAGGCCAACGCUCGCUGGAUCGAGGAGCGCCGCCUGAACGUCUCGUAUACCCCCCGCAAUCGGACCGAGGUCGACAAGUUCCUCAAGGAUGUUGACUGGGAGUCCACACCGCUGGGUGCUUUCGUUAAGACACAGCGGAAGCUGCGCGAGGAGCGUGCUGCUAUCGUCGAGGAGGGCCGCCGCGAGGAGGAGAAGCGCCGCGCAGAGGAGAAGAAGCGCGAUGGCGAGAUUGAGAUGAUGAAUGAGUUUGGCAGUGAUGAUGAUAGUGAUGAAGGCGAGGGCGAGGGGGAAAUGGAGAGCGAGGACGAGAUUGAGCUCGAGGAUGAAGAUGAAGAGGAGGAUGAGGACGAGGAUGAGCUGGAGAUGGAAGAGGAGUAG